AUGACGAAAAUUUCCCCUGGCGCAAUUUCUUCGCUCUACGUUAUCCUUGGCUGCAUUUUGUUGAUCGUCAUUCCAAGCUACGUUUUUACCCUUGUCGAAGAUUGGAGCAUGCUCGACGCCAUUUACUACAGCGUCAUCUCGCUGACAACGAUCGGAUUUGGCGACUUGAUACCGCGAAAUGAACCGCCAAUGUCAAAAGCCAUCCAUGUCAAAAACGAGUCCAUGUGCUUAUGUUAUGGUUUCACAGAAAGAAAUUUAACUGGUUAA